UUGAUUGGACAACUGGUCACCGGAAAUUCAUCUUCGGAUGUUUUUUUUUAAAAUUUAGUGUGUCCACGGGCAGAAACUACCACGUUUCCUUUUCUGCCUACAAGAACCAUACCCAAUCUGGACUCAAUAAGAGACACAUCAUCAAGUUUGAGCAGACGAUACUUAACCUUGGAAAUCACUACCACCCCGAGGACGGGAUAUUUAUUGCCCCGGUGUCAGGUGUUUAUUUCUUCCACUGGACCAUCAAUAACCACGGGGAUUAUGCAUAUACCAACAUAUUGGUGGGAGGAAAAGUUAUGUCAACAACUACUACCUCGGUAGUAUCUGGACAUAAUUCUGGAUCUGCUUUGGUGAUUGUUCAAGUUCAGAAGGGGCAGCAUGUUUGGAUUCAGACCUGCUGUGGUUCUUCAAAUGAAGUGUAUGGAACCACUCUGGGGUUCGACAACGCUUUCCAGUCUACUUUUUCUGGGACCUUACUCUUUCAAGUUUCAGAAAAUUAAAGAUAUGUAUGAAAAAAAAAAAACAAAAAACAAAAACACAAUCCCAUUGUUUAAAAAAAAGUGACAAAUCUUAUUAAAUACAAUUUUAU